GCAGAUUUGCACUGCACUUUUAACUCACACCAGCUCAACGGUAUGCUACCUUAGACUUUGUCGAGGCAGAUAGGUGGUAGUCUUGUUUUACGACAUUGGACUCCUCGGCUGCUUUCCAUUGGUCAGUACCGCUCCCUGAAGCUCGGUCGAUUCCGCGGUCCCGCGGUCCCCACCGUCACAGGCAGCAGCAGGCAACAGCACGACCAGACAUGGGCAAAGGGAGAACUCGACAAGCAACGUGACUUCGUGGGAAUCUCGCGUCCUGUGGUCGAGCCUCUGCUACUGUUAGGCGCCAUCCUUAAACCAUUUGAACUUUACCGUCGAGACGCGUUGCAGCCUAAUUGGAACCACAAAUAUCCCACGGCCGUCUAGCAUCGACCCCUCAAUCCAUACCUCUUGGCUACCCUGACGGUGAUCAUUCCACUGGAGUACAAAAGGUCAAAACUUUGUUCACACUAGUAGAUCGAAACUCAUCUGCAAUUCCAUCGUCUUACCAUCCAUCUCAUUAGGCCUGGAAGUGGGUCGAGGUCGUUCUCAUCAGCUCAUCUUAGACUCGAGUUCAGACUACCACCGAGGGGAUUGACAACAGCUAAUAUGUCGACCACUCUGACUGUCCGCGAGCGGCUCACCCUCUGCAAGUGGGCCGACAGUCUACCUGGCGACAUCACUCCAACCCUCGCGCGCGGUGCGGAAUGGGUCAAGAGCGAGUUCGGAAAGGAUGUCCCCGAAGCUGUCAUCCGGACCGUCCUAGACCGGUCGGACAUGACAGAUGACUUUCAAGCCUACAACGACGGCGAGAUCGCCCCCUUAAUACGCCCAGGCUUCGGUAAAGAAUUCUGGGAGAUGCCCGACGACGAUGCCGCGUUCCCCAGCGCCGUACAGGAGUGGAAGGCAGCCACCCUGACGUGGGGAGAGAUCGCCAUCUUGUGGUUUGUUGAGAAGAUCACGAACAAGCCCGAUUGGCAUGUCAAGGUCUUUGAUGAGGAAAUUGUUGCAAAGUGGAAGCAGGAGGUCAUGGCUGUCGACUGGAAGGCCGUGGGUCUCAAGUAUGCUUAUUUUGACGACGAUUUGUUUACCUUUGCUCUCGCUGAGCUUCGUGAGAAGGCCAAGCUGUUCGAAGCUACUGGCAUGAUCCCCAUCUUCGAUGCCUCGUCCGCCGUCAUCAAGUCUGACAGUGCCAUCACUCCGGAAGUAAGAGAAGAACUCAAACAGGGUGUAGCCGCUCUCGAAAAUAUCUCCGAAAACGAAAAGGACUGGCAUCCCGGCAGCGACGGCAAGGUCCUGGACCUCGUGCACCCUUCUCUCUGGCCUCUUGUCUUUGGAAAGUCUCGCAUCGUCGCCGAUAAGCGUGUCCUGCUCAAAGACACGCUGGCGGCCUGCGGCACAGGAGACGUCAUCCCCGUUCCCAAGAAGAGGUAUCCCGACCACCAAUCCUCCGACGACCUGUGGUCCGUCAAGUACCAGUGGCUCCCGUGCGACAUUGACAUUGAGGAGGGCAAGCCGAAAAUCAUGAGCUAUAUCAACAACCUGCACCCACAGCACCAUGCCGGCCUCUACAACACUAUCGAAAAGGUGCUCGAGAAAGCUCUCCCCAUGUGGGAUCUGGUAUACAGGUGGCACGAAGACUACGAGACCCUCCGCAUCCCCUGUGAAUCAGCCCGGACACAAUGCCUAGCGGAGUGCAGCCGGUGGUGCUGUCCUGAAAACCGCCCGGUAGACCCAGACGAGGCCGAACGUGACGAGGACGAAUUCAACGACGACUCCGGCGGAUAUAGCGCCGAGGAGCCCAGCCGCGAAGUCUGGCGGAGAGACAAGAUCUGGUUCGAACGUACCCACCCAAUCGAGAAGCCGCCCGUCCCCGCGUACAAACCCAUGGAGCUCCAGCCCAAGGACGUCAAUCUGACCUCCGGCUUCUUCAACCAUGCCGACCGCAUCCAGGUCAUCGUGAAGCUCGCCAACGUCCACCUCACGCCCGAGAAGCCGACGUACGACGGCGGGUCCUGGCAUAUUGAGGGCCAGCUGAACGAGCACAUCGCCGCCACGGCGCUCUACUACUACGACAACGAGAAUAUCACCGACAGCCACCUCGCCUUCCGCACCGUCGCCGACAGGGAGGAGCUCAUGGGGGAGCUCAACUACGAACAGGGCGACUUCCACACCAUUAACCGGACGCUGGCAAUCAACUCCGUCGCGGACACGAACCAGCGCCUCGGCAGCGCUCUCACGCGCGAGGACAGGCUUCUCGCGUUCCCCAACGUUUACCAGCACUGCGUUGCGCCGUUUGAGCUCGUCGACAAGACGAAGGCGGGCCACCGCAAGAUCCUCGCGCUGUUUCUCGUGGACCCGAGGAUUCCCAUCAUUGGCACGGCGAAUGUGCCGCCGCAGCAGAGAGGGUGGUGGAAGGAGGGCGCCGCGCCGGGAGACCGGUUGGGAACGUUGCCGCCCGAGGUUACGGAUAUGGUGUUUGAUAAUAUGGAUUUUCCGAUUGGGAUCGAGGAGGCCAAGAGGAUACGGGCUGAUCUGAUGGAGGAGAGGACGACGAUUGCCGAGCAGGGGAUGGGGGUGAUGACGACUAUGGAGUGGAACUUUUGCGAGCACUGAGUCUGGCGGAACCGGCACUGGGCCCCGUUGUGUUGUGUUCGUAUUGAAGAAAGGGGACCGCUUAGUCGUCAUGGCGGUGAAGGGAGAGAAACUUGGGAGCUGUGUUGAGACGUUUGCUUGACCGGCCUGAAAGUUGACACCAGAUAUGUCAAUAGCUGUGCAAAUCGUGUCACCCCAGCCUGCGGUUGUGGUCCGAUUGGACGAUCUGACGGCAUCCUGCAGUCCCGCAGUAAGACAAGUGGAUUUUGUCUCAUUUCGUCUGCCAAUACGUUAGCUGCCCGUGAAACAUCGAGAGUCGAUGCCAGGGCACAAGAGCCUACU